AUUAGCGUUGGAGUCGUAAAAUACACUAGUCAGUCCUUAGAGUUUUGUCAUAUGUGGAAGAUGCAAGGGUGUUGCAGCUUUAUCUCUAUCGUUCAUUUUGUCAUUCAUCUAGGCUAUCAGAUUGGCUUCCCAGAGGCAUUUACAGAGCCUUGUAUUGCAUCUCUAAAAACUAUCACGAAUAUGACUAGAUGUCCAGCAAACCUGUCUUCUUUUGAAGCAGCUGCUAGGAGAAAGAACUGCUCAUCAUUGGCUGGUGGAGCCAGAAAUUGCAAAUCUUUUCAAUACCACUGCGUUCUUGGUGAAGACCUGAUGUCUGCCAUUGAAUUGUGUGCUCCAUCUAUUUAUAUCAUUGAUAGUGUCUGCACUACAUUCAGCACUUAUCACAAAAGUAUCAUUCGAGUUCAGGGACUUAAAUGUAGCGAAUGCCCAUGGUCCUACAACUCAACCAAUGCAUAUCAAUAUCAGCAAUGUUAUGCUAACAUCAAUCCUCAUCUUACCACUGAAUCGGCUACAAGAAGAACCAUCUUGUUCAUUUGUUCGUCCUUUACUUGGUUGUUGCAGUACACCAGAAGCUAUUCUAUCAACAACACAAAGGGAAAAUGAAGAACAGUAUGUAUCUUAAUGUACCUGCAAAAAAGAGUAUACCUUUUAUAUAUUAGGAAUUACAUCAAGAUUCAUUUUUCAUAUUUUUUUUUCAUUAAAAAUUUAAAACACAUUUAUAUAUUGCUCAGAUGAAUAUUAUUACAUAAAUCUGAAUGUAGAGAUUUCCAUAAGGAUGUUAUAAAAGAAAUAAGUAAGUUCAAAAAUUCAUCCAUAUCAUUUUGAUCCAAAUAUAAACCCAAAUGACAUGUCUUCAUUUUAAAUCAAUGGAUAA